AUGGCGACGGACGAGGUCUUCACCUUCGGGCCUGUGCCUGCCGCCCCUCAGAAGAACGUGACUGCCACUUAUGCAGAGUUGAGAUCCAGUCCUGAGCUCUACUUUGAGGAAAGUGGCGCCGACGUGGGCUGGAUGAUGAUUUCGUCUGUUCUCGUGCUUCUCAUGAUCGCCGGUCUUUGUCUUCACUUCUCAGGCAUAUCAAGGCCGCAAACGACGCUUACGCUGGUGCGGCUACCGCUGAUUACCACGGCUGUUGUGGGAUGCAUUUGGUACACCUGGGGUUACAGCUUGGCCUUUUCACCGGCAACAUUCAGCAACGACACCUUUGCCGGAGUUUCAUGGUACGGCGGAGAUAUGAAGGCAAAUGCUUAUCUCGACAUUACCGCUCGACCCGUGGGCAUCCAGGGACCCGAUUCGAAUUCCAUGACAGGACCCAAGAUCCCCGAAAUGGUAUACGUCUUCUACCAAGGCAUGUUUGCAUGUUUCACCGCAAGCUUGGUGGCUGGUGGAGCAGCGGGCAAGAUGCGGGUCGGCCGAUUCCUCCUCUUCAUCACCCUCUGGGUGACUCUUGUCUACUGCCCGGUAGCAAGAUGGACGUGGCAUCCCCAAGGGUGGUCAAAAUUGAGGGGCGCCAUGGAUUUCGCCGGUGGCACGGCCGUCCACGUCUGUUCGGGCUCGUCAGUGGCUGCGUUUGCCCAACAACCUUCCACACCGUCGCCAGAAAGCGACCUGGAAAUCCAACAAGCACAAUUACCUUACAGUAUCAAUCACAUGGUCCUCGGCACCGCCUUGCUCUGGAUAGGAUGGUUUGGCUUCAAUGGGGGCUCAGCCCUCGGUGCGAAUCUGCGUGCAGUGUCUGCCUGUCUCGCGACUCAGACCGCAGCCUGCGCAGGAGGUACAGUCGGAUUACUUCUUCAAUGGGGCCUCAGUCGCUUGGACAGAAUGGCUGAGUUUUGUGACGGUGUGAUUGCUGGGUUGGUGGCCAUUACACCCGCCGCAGGAUAUGUUCCUGUGAAGUACGCUUCUAUAUUCGGCGUUGUCGGGGCCGUUGUGUGCAAGAUCCUGAGAAUGAUCUUCAACACGUUUCUGUUGCGCGAGGAUAGGCUGUCCGUAUUCGCUGUGCACGCUGGUGGUGGAGCUACGGGGAUGUUACUCACGGCCUUCUUUGCGAAGUAUGCCCUGAGCGAAUCAACCUGGAAAGAGAUGAGAAGCUGA